AUGAACUCAGACUCAAGGAUUCAUAACACUAUUUUGGAUUUCUGCGAAAUGAGGCUGAAAAGUAAACUGAAAACUGUGAAAUUUCUGCAUGUGCAAUCCCAAUUGUUGACCGUGGACUUUUCAAGUGACAACGCAAGUGACAAUCUCAAUUAUUUAUUUUUCUUCAUCUUGGGCAAUCCGGUCAUCCCGGUUCAGAUUGGCCAACAACAUUUCUUGGUUCUUUUUGAUACUGGAGGGUGGACACGUUGGCUUCCGUCCAGCAAGUCAAGAUCAAAAGAGUUUGAAAAUAGACGAAAAUAUGAUGAGCGCUCACCAACACGAAUUUUAAUGAAUCAAGAAUAUAAAACAAGUUAUGACGGCGAGCGAUAUGGUGGAAAUAUGGUGAUGGACAAUCUCUUGAUUGCAGGUCAUUACGUACCUCAGUUUGUUUUCGUCGAAAUGGAAGUGGGAGAGGGUACAGCUGAUGACAGAGAGGGAUAUGACGGAAUAAUGGGAAUGAGGCGUCCGCCGAAAAAAGACCGAAACUAUGAAAUAUUUGAAACCACAUUGCUGGAUUAUCUCGUACACACUGGUAGAGAACCACUGACAAGGUUACUGAAAAAUCUUCGACAGCCCACGACCGGUUUCACCCUUCUUGGGGCUCAUAGUCCCCGAGUUUCCGUCAAUCUUAUGUUCUACUUGAACCCAAAUUGGACUGUUUUCGAGAAAUACGCUCAUUCGCAAAUCAAUUUGGUUUUUACGAGAGACUCAACUGAAUCUCUCGUUUAUGAAAUUCUACAACUGAAUGUGCUGCAAACAGGCCGCCUCAUGAUUCAGUUGGUGUACGCGAAGAUUCUUGGUUUGAACAUGGCACUGUGGUUUUUGGAGGCGUCCGGGCCGACCCGUUCGUCUAGUCUAUUGCCUACGUAUCAUUGUACAAAUCUAGCCAAUGGAAGAUUAAAAUCGACAGAGUAUGGUAACGUACUCCUCUGCAGAAAAUGCCUGGCAGCCGUGGAUACUGGAUACACAGUCACCCAUGCGCCAAGGGGACCAUCAAACAUACUUUUGCGAAAUUCGGUUGUGGAAAUAUAUGUUGACGGAAUACUUCACGUUCUUCCCAAUAACCUGCCACGCGUUCGUCCAAUAAAAAUAACUUUUGCUUCCCGCACGUUCAUCCUGCCAGCUGAAGAACUCACCAGAUCUACAAACGACGUAAAUGUUUUCGGGUUACAAAUGAUACAAGACAGCACUGACACUGAAUGGGUGCUUGGUGUAUCAUUUUUGAGACACUUUCUUACAAUAUUUGAUCAACAGCACAAGCGGAUGGGAUUUGCUGCAGUGCAGUGCUAA